UUGGCAGUUUGCUGUUUUACAAAAAUUUAUAAACAAUGAUACAAACAGUGAAAUAAAGUAAACUAAACUAUUCAAAUUUACCUUCAGGAUCCAAAAUUAACGAUACCAUUAAAUAUAUUUAUGCAUCUGUAUAAUUUUGUAUAUGUGUAGCUUCUAUAAAAUCCUAGAAUUUGCUACUAAAGAAAGUAGCCAUACCAAAAAGCUAAUGAAAGUAGCAAGAUGAACGACCCGUGGGAUGUGAAGUCUGUGAGACAAUCGGACCAGUAUAUAUCGUGUAUGAAGCUGAAUGGAGUCCCCCUGCUGCCGCCUGUUCUAUCUAAAGAAUGCCAUGAAGAAAUGAGAAACUACAAGUUUCUUGCUCUCGAGGUUGAGAAGAGAAUAGAGACUUUAAAAUCUCUCACUCUUCAAAGUGAUGUCAACUCCUCAGAAGAUGAAACUGAUGCUCCGGAACUCCCAGAGUCUGACCAAACAUUUGAUAUACCAUCAGUUAUAGAGUCCAAUAGUUAUAAAAACAAAUCUCUCAACCUAAAUCCAAACAUUGAAAAUGGCUAUGAAGAUUACAAAUUCAAUAUGUCCAACGAUAACAAUUCGCCAACUCUAAGUAACGUGUCCGAAUGUUUCUCUUCCAAAGCAUCUUCCAAGUUAGUGAUUGAUUUAAGUUUAAGCAUUAAUGAUACUGCAAGAAACUUAAUCGAUAGCAACAACACUUCCCAAACUCCUAAUGAUUUGCCCGAAAGAGACUGUGAUUGUGUCAAUGACAAUAAGAAUGUUGGUUCUGAUGAGACUAAAAAACAAUCAAAUGCACAAGAAAAAGUUACAGUAAGUUUAAGUAUAAACAAACAAUCCUUCUCAGAUCCACUGCCAAAUUUUCACUUAGAAGAUGGACCUGCUUCCCUUGGCUCGAAAAGCUUCACGGGUUCCCUGACAGACUUACACAAGGAGAGUACAAAAGAAGUUAAAACUGCGCCCCUGCUGCGCCAAAGAUCUUAUACUGUCCUCAAACCUAGCCCAAUGCUUCUUGCACACUUGGAGGUUCAAUCCCUGAACAGAGGAGUUGAUGUCAAAUCAAUCUCAAUGAGUGAAUCCUUGUCUAAUGUUAGCUGCAUGAAUAAAAAAAGAAGAAGCUGGGAUUUAGAGUCUGCCAAAAUUAAAUGGUCCUCCAUGGCCUUAGAGCUAAAGGAGAAGGUUAAGGAGAAGCAUCUUAAGCACAACAGUAGUGCCAGUUCGAAUAUAAUGUCCAAAACAACGCCUAAGAAAGCGCAAUCUAAUACGCCAUCUAAGUUAAAACCUAUGGAUAAGUCAAAACGCGUCACACCUAAAGCAUCAGUGAAGUCUGAACCGGCGCAACGCCCGACGAAACUACCGAGCCCUGUUAGAUGCUCAUCUCAAAAUCCCAAACCUUCAUCAUCGCAAAACAAUGUUGAAAAGAAGACGGAAGAAACAAAACACAAACCGAUUUCAGAAUCGGAAGACCCGGCGACGAAAGUCAGGGAACUUUACGAGAAAGUGCAAAAACAGCAGCUGGUGCAAAUGGCGAACCUGGUCGAAAAGCAGAAGAGAGAACAGAUACUGCUGCAUCAACUAUUCGAGGAACAAAACAAUCUGCUGUUCACCCAACUCAAGACAAUAUGCCCGAAAUCGCCGAACGAGGUGAAAGAGGCGUGGGUCGAGAAGGACGCGGAUAGGGGACCAGUGAGCUUGAGCCAGUUGAUCAACCAGAAAACGGAACCCGACAGUCCAGUCAUCGCGACGUUGACAGAAACGAAUAACUAUCUAAACCAGUGCGAUCAGAUUCUCAAAAAGUCGAGAAACAUGUCUGAAAGUAUCAAAAGGCCUCCGCAAGAAAAGCCAUCCACUCUAUCGCUAGAAGGCAGCAUAACUCGCACGCAUUCGCCUAACACUCCAAACCCGAAUAUAUCUCGAAAACUCGUAUACGAUACGAGCGCAUCGUCUGAGCGCGAUUACGACGUGGUUCUUACCGACCGAACCAACGAUACUCUGGCGGACCUCAAUGUCACGUUUCCUUCCGAUCACAGCGAGUCCCGUCCGAACAGCACGUUGACUAAUACCUGUAUAAAACAGACCAUAGAGAGUCCGCUAUCUGCCCCGGUGGCGAACGCUUCGCACAGAUCUAGCGAAAGAGCAGUAAAAAGUAUGGAAGAGACACUCCAGGACUCUCUCAGGUGUAUCUACGGCCCGAGAACGAAACAGAAGGUCCGCCGCAAUCCAACAGCGCAAGAGCGUGAAGCCGCGACCAAAAUCGUCGCGUGUGCUAAGGGCUACCUGGUCAGGCGGCUGAUGCGCACGGAGCGAGUGCAGACCACCGUCCAGACUAUUAGAGACACGUUGGUUCUGGCGCUGCAGCUGCACCAGGACGGCAGGGGCAUAUGGGGCGCCGAUGUGGACCUCCACAGGCGGCUUAUACAGCAGAUAACAGCAGCAUGUUACACGUUACACGACACGUUCGUGGCGAGCACGGCGGCAGAGCGGUGCGCGCUCAUCGCCGCAGACCGCAGCCGCCGCAAGGCGCUGGCGGCGCGCCCGCUCGUGCCCGUACGGCAGUAUAGACCCACGGACGUGAUGUCUGCGAGCCACAGCGGCGCGUUCCCCGCGCGGCCGCAGCGCUCCAGCCCGUCGCUGAUGACGCAGUCCAGCUAUGGUAAACCAGCAGACAGAGCUAUAGCGGCGAGAAGGCGCGUCGGUACGUGCCCAGCCCGCGCCGGCGGCCGUGGCGUUGACAGCUAGCGACUAACACUAUGUGCCUUCACUGUGGGGACAAGUUGUGGUAAUGCAAUAAUGCAGUAAUGCAGUGUCUUCUACUAUGGAUAUUCAGGAUCCAAAACUUUAUAGCCUUAUCCUUAUAAAUGCUACGAUGUGUCUGUCUGUCCAGGACGCUUUGACUCUGUCAAAGUGUGAGUUGAGCCUUUUGUAUGGAAAUCCUUAUGCUAAGUACUCACAUACGGUUUUGCUCGAUAGUUUUACU